ACAACAAUUUUGCAAAAAUACCCGCUGUUAAGUUUCUGUUUAUUACGAUUACAGUUAAUUAUUAGCCUACAUCUGAUCAAAAUACAAUAGAAAAUGACGGAUCAUUCACAUGGUUUCAUUACGUUUCCCAUAAACUUACUUUUGGCGUCUGUGAAUAUGAAUUUUGUUAACUUUGUCUCCUGUAAAUGCAUGUAGUUUCUGUAGAUACACGGAAGCAAAAAGUGUUCGGCUUGACUUUGCCUCUUCUCAACUCCUCCCCGAUUGCAACACUGCCACUAUAGUUGCCGAUCAGUAAAGCGACACGCGUUUAAUGUCGAACGCACCCAAAGCGUUCGCGUUAACGGAUGUGCUUUCAACUCCUCCCCCGUCUGCAACCGGCUCUGCUCGCCGUUCAUGUCGAUCACACCUCAACAGUGGCUUUCGGCCACAGAUUAAAUGACCAACUUUCGGUUUGCUUGGAUAGUUUCCCCUUCAUUAUAAUCGACUUUAAAAUGAAAUCUGGCACUUUGAAAACGAGGUCCUCUUACCUUGGCGAACUUUUUUCGAACUCCAACUCUUCGUGAGAUUGAAUUUUGGAUGACAAACAGUUUGAGGGCACCACCAGGGCGGACAAGAAGGACACAUUAUGGCAAUAUGUGGCAGACGGAGUCGGCCCAAGUUCAUUCUGUACGUUCUCGGGGCUUUUGUAGUGGGAUAUUUAGUGUUUCAUAGGAACACGCAGAGUGAUGUCGGACUGGCGAGUCGAAGAGAAGUUCCAGUCGAGCAGCACAAAAAUGUGGACGAGGAAUUACUGAAGAAACCUGUUUACGAGAAGCCUCCUCUAGACAUAAAUGCUUUGGGAGAGAUGGGUAGAGCUGUCAAACUGGACCUGACUGAAGAAGAGAAGCGAGAGGAGGAGGAGAGCAUCAAAAAACAUCAGAUAAACACUUAUGUGAGCGAUAGGAUAUCACUACACCGCAGGCUGCCUGAAAGAUGGAACCCACUAUGUAGAAACCUGAAAUAUGACUACCUGAGCCUGCCCUCAACAUCAGUAGUGAUAGCCUUCUACAAUGAAGCCUGGUCCACACUACUGAGGACAGUGCACAGUGUCCUGGAGACCUCACCAGACCUGCUGCUGACUGAAAUCAUACUGGUGGAUGACUACAGUGACCGAGGUAUCAGUCUGAAUGAAAACUUCUCAUGCUUCCUUUGA